UGGUGCUUUGAUAUCUUGUCUCUGUGGCAGUGAUCAGCUGGCAACUGAUAAAGGACACCCUAUUCACUGACACGGCCACGCGGGUGCUGUGGCAGGCAGCAGAGAGGCAAAAUGGCUCUCGCUUUCCUCUUGGCAGCAAUCCUGGGACUUCUUGUUUUCAAGGCUGUUUUGUUUCAGCUGAGAAACCCAAGCUCCCCUCCUUGCAUCGGGGGCUGGAUCCCUUGGUUUGGAGCUGUGUUUCAGUUCGGGAAGGCUCCUUUGGAGUACAUAGAGCAAGCUAGAAGCAAGCACGGGCCUGUGUUCACAAUAUUUGCCCUGGGAAAGCGGUACACUUUUGUGACCGAGGAAGAAGGAACCGAAGCCUUUUUUAAGUCUGAAGACUUAAAUUUUGAACAGGCAGUACAACAAGCUGUCAAGAAUGCAGUUUCUGUCCCUGCAGAAGCAUUUUAUCAGAACCAUGGUAACCUCUACAGCAUGCUGAAGGGAAAAAUGGCUCCUUCUAAUCUACACAUGUUCACAGGCACUUUGUGUAAGGAGCUGCAUGAGCACAUGGCACACCUCGGCACAGAGGGCACAGGAGACCUCAAUGACCUGGUAAGGCAUGUCAUGUAUCCAGCAGUGGUGAACACUCUGUUUGGGAAAGGCAUCUGCCCAACAAGUCAGAGUGAAAUCAAGGAGUUCGAAGAACAUUUUCAGAAGUAUGAUGAGGACUUUGAAUACGCUUCUCAGAUGCCCGAAUGCUUCUUGAGGAACUGGUCUAAAUCAAAAAAAUGGCUUCUAAAAUUAUUUGAGAAAGUAGUGUUGGAUGCUGAAAGGACCAACCCUUCAGAGAGCACAUCCAAGACACUACUGCAACAUCUCCUGGAUAACUUGCAAGGAAGACAUCUAGCUCCCAAUUACAGUCUUCUAAUGCUCUGGGCUUCUCAAGCAAAUGCUAUCCCUCACAGAUGGCCCAUGACCAGAUCUGUCUGCAGACGGCAUCUCCCGCUAGCUCAGCAAGAGGAGAGAGAGGCUCCUGGCAGCGCUAUUGCAUUUUGGACCCUUGUUUUCAUACUCUCUUAUCCUUCCAUUUACAAGAAAAUCAUGGAAGACCUGGCUUCUGUUUUUGGCAAAGCAGGUAAAGAUAAAAUAGAAGUCUCUGAAGAGGACCUUAAGAAGCUCCCUUUUAUGAAGUGGUGCACUUUGGAAGCCAUCAGGCUGAGGUCUCCAGGUGCAAUCACCAAGAAAGUAGUAAACCCAAUAAGAAUUCGGAAUUUCACCAUCCCUGCAGGUGACAUGCUGAUGUUGUCGCCAUACUGGUUGCACAGGAAUCCAAAAUAUUUUCCUGACCCAGAAAUGUUCAAACCUGAUCGUUGGAAAGAGGCAAAUUUAGAGAAGAAUGCUUUCUUGGACAGCUUUGUGGCAUUCGGAGGAGGGAAGCAUCAGUGUCCAGGAAGGUGGUUUGCCAUCAUGGAAAUCCAGCUGUUCGUUGUGCUAUUCCUAUACAGAUAUGAAUUUGUGCUUUUGGAUCCAGUACCAAAGGAGAGCCCUUUACAUUUGGUGGGGACGCAGCAACCCAUGGCACCAUUCCGGGUCCAGUAUAAAUGCCGGGAAUGACAGCUAUUGAGCUGCUUCCCUCUCCUAUGUCUUCAGAUAGGUUCUUUGCCUUAACAGUUCUUAAUUUUGAGUUUAAAUGCUGUACAUACUCUUGUGUCGUGGUGUGCCAUAGCAGUAUAGUUGUAUCUGUGCUCCUCAGCUGGUUGCCUACCUCCUAGUAUUUAAAAAUCAAGCUCUCCUGCUGCAGUCAUAACUUGUGGGCCAAUUAUUCACAGAUGGGCCAAAUCUGUGGAUAUACUAAAUUCACUGACCAGACAUUCAGGACAGAAAGCUGCUGUGUUUGGAAAUCUGCAUGGCCUGCUCUGUCUGCAGUCAGUGCCAACAUUUUGCAAAUAAAAUGCAUUUGUAAUGGAAAAAUUGCAAGCAGAGGAAACACUGGGGUCUUCUUCCACUGGAGCACCUAAAAUUUCUACUGAGCUUUAGUUGCUCCACAGGAUUCAGAAUCAGUCCUUGCAUGAAUAUGAAUAAAAGUUUAAUUAUGAUAUUUGGUUUCUAAUGAAAAGUGAUUGCAAGAAAAGCUAUUGCUAUUCAUUAGACUGGUUGUCUAAUAUCUAGAACAUUUUUGCUUUCACUUUAACAUGACUUACUCAUAGAAAAAAGUGCACAAAUUAAAAAUACUUAAUCCUAGAAAGAAUACCUAGUAAAAGUUGUUCACAGUAACUGUCAAGUAAGUUCAGAUGCCAACACUUUAACUGCUGUCAGAUUUCAUAUAUGAAAAUAGCUGGCAUGUAAUUUUAGUGUUUUAAGUAAAGAUUAUUCAUCAU